UACUGCUGAGUAGUAGUCCAAUAGAUAGGCCAUAAUAUAUGGUGAAUCUAUACUACGACGGCGUCAUCUAGUGUUCAUCUACUAAAAUAUUCAGUGUUCUUUGUCCUGCCCGGUCUCCACAUCUAUUGGCUCAAGUGCCUUCAACCCUAGGUGACGCUAACCUUCUCUAUUGGCUCAGUGAUGUGACUGUCAAAGCAUUUCCCGGAAGUACAACCGUCCACUUCAAAGAUGGAGGACGAUAUUACAGAUAUGAGCAGACCACAAAUGUACUUGUUUGGUUGCACCCUCAAAUCGGAUAAACGGGAGUUCAAAAUUGACGUAGAAGACGAUGAUACGGAGCAACAGCUGUCACUCAAAGCAGUGUGUCUGGGAGCUGAGGCCGAGGAUAAGUUUCACAUGGUGGAACUUGAGGGCCUCACCUAUGAUGGAAAAACAACCAAAGUGCCGUUGGUUGUCCUGAAGCCGUCCGUCCUGCCUUCUAUGAGUUUAGGGGGAUUUGAGAUCACUCCUCCAGUUACCUUCCGUCUCCAGUCUGGCUCUGGACCUGUUCACAUCAGUGGGCAGCACUUUGUUAGUGUGAAGGAUUCAGAGGAUGAAGAAGAGGAAAACAACACUUCACCAGUGAAACGACCUGCGAGCCUGAUGUUGGGCAAGAAGCCUGCACUGAAAAAACUAAAGCUGGAUUCUGAUGAUGACGACGAAGAAGACAGUGAUGAAGAUGAUGAUGAUGAUGAUGAAGAUGACGACAGCGAUGAAAAUGAUGUGAAGCCUCAGAAGAUUCCUGGAAAAGAGCUCAGAAAAAGCCCAGAGUCUUUAGCUAAGAAGCCCAACAAGACUCCGGUGAAGCAAAACGGCCCUGGAGGGAAACCAUCAGGAUCAGCAGGCAAACCACAGAUUAAGACACCUGCCCCAGGAAAAGACAAACCCCAGGCUGGCCCAUCUAAAUCUCCCUCUCUGACUGAGAUUAAGAGCAAGUUGUCUACAGCAGCCAAGGAGGGAAAACCACUACCUAAGACGGAACAGAAGUUUGAGAAUUUCGUGAAGAGCUCUUUUAAAAUCUCAGACAAAAAAGUAGUUAAGGACCUCUGGAGUUUUGUACAAACACUGAAGAUUGAGAAGAAGUAACAAACCUUGUACUUUGAUGCAUUUCUAACUUUUGCAUCCUGCAAGACAUUUAAAGGCACAGUCAGCAAGAUUUUCUACUCAGCCUUAUCAUGUCAACAUGACUAUGACUUGGACUGAACAGAAGAAAUCAGCGAUGAAAAAUGGGUAAAGCUGUUAUUGAUUCAGGUGUCAUUGGGUUUUUUUUUUUUUUUAAGAUGUAAAACACUUUGCGCCACCUAUAAGUAAUGUAAUAGCACCACCAACUAGGACCUGCAGAUGUCUGUUUUGCUUCUCUACAGAAUAAAAUAGCUGAUGAAAUUUGAAAAUGUUUUAACGCCUGCUCAAAACAAAUGUUGUCACCUGCAUUUUUAGAACUCUACAAGGCUGAUGGGCUGCAGGUACUGCCUCAUGCUACCAGUAGUGACAAGGACACUGGCAAAACUCAAAAUCUGAGAAGAAUCACUCAGGAAGGAAAGGAAGGAGCAUUUGUCUGUGGCCACCACAUGCAAAACCAUUUGGUUGUCUUGCUUUUGCCUCUCCAUUGCACCUGUUGUCACUUUCAUUUGCACCAAUGCAGGUGAAAGUGAUUUGUAAACACUUGUGCUUCCUAAAUGGACAAAUUAAUAUCCCUGAAGUUGAACUGACUUAGUGUUAUCCUGUGAUGAUUAAGUGUUCCCUUAAUCUUUAUGAGCAGUUUAUAAAUCAAACACUGGCUAUAAAAAUGAAAACUGCAGCUGUAACAUUCAGUACCUGCAGGUGGUGUAAAGCUGCUGACAUAUUUACUUUUUCCAUUAUUUACAUGUAAACAACAUCAUUGCUCACAGACUUGCACGCUUUGUGUUUAUCUGUAGGAUUUAGAAGUAUAUCUACUAGGUGGAAGAUUAGGACCUCAGGACCUUUCAUUGAGCAAAAAUAGAGUAUCUUCUUUGUGACUUCUGCUUUUGCAUGACAAACUGGUAACAAUCAAGGAGGUUACGCAAUUGUUAAUACUGAGAUCUUGGCAGAAAAAGAUGGCAGCAGUAGCAACAUAGAUGGGGUGUCAUCCUGACAAACCCUAUGAGUUUCUCAUCUCUAGCCUUACUUAAUCCCUCUGCCCUUAACAAUGAACACUCCUAAGGAUGUUAAAAGCAAUUAUAUUGGUGGAUUAACUGUCAGAUUACAGAAGCUAUUUCUUUCCUUGCCCAUAGAUGGCGACAUUGGCAUCUUACUGGUUUGAAACUGCUGGUUCUGCUGCUCUGUUACUGGCUGAGCCUGGUUUCAGGUGCUUAGCAUCUGUGACAGUGUGUGUCCUUGUUUACAUCAAUGUUGCUGUAGGGGAUAUUGCAGAAUGUGCCUUUAAAUGUCUUUACUGUAAACUGAGAUAAAUCAGAGUCCCAUUUUGUGUGAAUUUGAACAGUAUGGUCAAGAAUGGUUUAGAUGGCAGAUAGAGUGACAGUUCUUCUGACAAUCUUCUGUCAUCAACCAGUGACAAGUGUUUUGUUAUUUUAGGUUCUCUCUGGCUUCACAAAGUACUUUUAACUUGCUUACAGAUUAUACUAUGAUUUUGUCUGGCGUGUGCAGUUAUAACCUUGCUAUGGUUACAUAUUUACUGGUUAAUCUGUUGAGAAAACAAGAAAUGUUUCAUCUUGUGAUUUACUAGAAAUACCUGGCUUUUCAGAAUGAGAUCAGGGAUCCGUUGACCACCUAUACUGUCAGAACCUGCCAGUAUUACAAACCUUCUACUUGGGGCUGUUUUAACAUUUUAUAGGAGUGUGAAUUCAUAUCAAGCUCAUUAACACCUGCCAUAAGCUGUGAGUGUAGUGCACAAGACACUCUUAAGGAGAUUAUGAGCUCUAUAAAACCAACACAGAUGAUCUGACUAAAAUGUGUUUUACAUGGAAUGUGCAAAAGGUAAAAACAGAGUGAACAGAUUAGUAACUAGACCUAGAAGUACCGUAUUUUCCGGACUAUAAGUCGCACUUUUUUUCAUGGUUUGGCUGGUCCUGCGACGUAUACUCCGGAGCGACUUAUGUAUGUUUUUUUUUAAAUAUUACCGUAGAUUGAAAUUUCACAUGUUCGUUAUUUUCACACUGAGAGCCGCGAGAGGGCACUCUCGGCUUGUGUGCCAGUAUCUACGCGCCUUUCACUACUGUA